AUGCCGCAGGAAAAGCGUAUGCAUUUCCAAGGUGGAAAAGAUACUGAAUCGACUGCACGCCUAAAGGAAAGCCCACACCGAGACAAAGCGAAUGGCGAAGAGGGGUAUCCCAAGGUAGUUAAGUUGCUCUUAGAGAACGGAGCAGAAGUCGACAAGCUGGGGACAGACGGAGCUACAGCUUUGCUUCUCGCUUGCCAAGACGGGAGCACUAAGACAGUUCGAGCGCUUCUCAAGUUCUCAAGCAUGGCGCAUCAGUGA